AUGGCCGAGAGGCAACUUAGCUCUCCUGCAGUACUUGUACUAGGAGAAGUUCAGCCUCUGGAAGGUGAAUGCGCGUUCAAUCCUAGCUUGUCCAUGCAAUCUCUCAUGAGGAAUUGGACUGAAGUUGCAGUCUCUAGGAGAGACAAGUAUGAUUAUGACCACUGCCUUUGCCGUGGUAACGUCAAGAUUGAACACAACAUAACCAAGGAGUAUAGGGCGCAGGAGCGCAAAGUACCCGAACCAGAAAAGCCAAAAAUGAAGCCCGCCGUUGGUGCGGCAAAGAAGUCCAAGUUAGCCUCAAACGCGGACGAGAUGAUGAAGCUCAUCAUGAAGCGGUGUAUGGAUUACAUACACAGCCAAAUGAAGGAAAUACUGGAUCAAAUAGUCGAGAGAUUGUUAGAGAAGUUGAACCUAAAUGGUGUGAUGUACAAGCCAGCGGCUGCUGUGGCUUCCGGCAACAACAAUGCAGACGAAGAAGUGGAUUCCUUUCAGAAUGGUCCGCCAGAAAAAAAAGAAUUCGUGUACAGGGAUGACUCUAACGGUCUAGAGCCGAUGAUUGAUUUGACACAGCCUGACAAGCCUGUUGGAAACCAGAACAACGAUGAUGAGGAAAAAACACCUGCCAAGUUAAAUGUUGACAAGCCAAGGAAGCCUAGUGAUGAGUGCGGCGCAACACCGGAGAACCCUUGGAUCAUAGGUAAUUCUCCUCGAGCAGAAUCGUCCGACAUUGACAUUUCUGCAAGUUCUAUCGACAGGAUGGUGGGUAAGAGCAAGGGGAAAAAGUACAAGUCUGCAGCAACCACAAAAGAAGACGAUAUUAUAUCCGGGAAGCGCCGGCCGACUGUUCCCAAGAAAUUUGAAUCCCCCUUUGCACUUGACAAGCCCAGCAAGCGAAACGCACGCGGUACUAAGCCAUCCGGCAACACUACUGCAACUAGAGGGGUUGUUAAGGAUGAUUUGACACCGGAACUCAUCGAUGCUGCUGUUACGUUUGUGGAGGUAGCUGCUCGGUCUGAGAAGAAUAUGACAAAAAGAGUUUACUACAGUGAACGUGGCACCUCUGUGACUGUGGAUGAGCAUAGAUGGCUAGCGGAUGACAUUAUCGAUGCUUAUCAGACACAUUUGGCGCUGCACAUUGGUCAUGAUCGGUACCUCUGUCCAGCCUGGAGGUCCAAAUACCUUGUUGAUCGUGCUAAGACACGAGACAGCCCUAAACCGUCGAUAUACAACAUGGAUAGUGCACUGAGCAGAGCUGGAGCAGUACUUAGGGUUCUAGCCGAGUAUACCGUCCGUGAUAAGUCGUUUAUCCCGUUGAACGUCGGCAAUACACACUGGAUCAUAGUGGUGAUGCACAACCGCAAGAAAGAAUUCCGAGUUAUGGAUUCACUCUAUCCUCUCGACUUCUCUCUCGACACUAUGAAAGCACUCCAACUAGCAAUAGCAAUUGAUAUGGAAGAGGCAAACCGUAUUAGACCUGGCAAAUAUCCAGACGUCACUAGGUGGCCUAUCACAGCUCAGAUGGAUAUGCCACAACAAGAGGACGGGAAUUCUUGUGGCCUUUUUGUGAUUGAAGUUAUGGAGCAUUGGGACGGGGAACGAUGGACCACCGAUUUUACCCAGGACAUGGUUAAUGCAAGAAGAAGACGUCUCAUCGCCGAGUUGGUUCUCUGA